AUGCUAAUCCUCUUCCUUUUGAGAACUCAUUCGUGUAAUUUUCAAAACUUCGAAAGCUUUUUAGGAGCCGGAGAAUGUGGAAAGUCGACAGUUCUGAAACAAAUGAGGCUUCUCACUUCGAAGACGUACACGGCAGACGAGCUGGAAGCGCAGGCCAAGCUGGUCUUUACCAACAUUGUCAUUGAAAUGGAUCAUAUCGUCAAAGCAAUGCCAUCUGCACAUUUCAAUUUCACGGAUCCCAUGAGAGAGCACGACGUUCACAUGCUGACCCUCUACAUCAAGGACAUGCAGCACAAGUCCUUCCAUGCAGAUGCUGCAGAACACGUGGCAAAACUUUGGAAGGAUCCAGUCAUCAAGAGACUCUACGCUGAACGACGCGAGCGCAAUAUCAGAGAUAUUGGAGACAACACUGAAUACUUCUUCGAGAAUCUCGACAGAAUUGCCAAGCCAGACUACAGUCCAAACUCUAUGGACACACUUCUCUUGCGAACGAAAACCACCGGAAUUGUGGAGGUUCAAUUCGAGAUCAAGAAGGUCAAGUUCAGAGUGUUCGAUGUGGGAGGUCAGCGAUCGGAGCGAAAAAAGUGGAUUCACUGCUUCGAAGACGUCAACGCCAUCAUUUUCAUCGCGGCACUCUCCGAGUAUAAUGAAGUGCUUUUUGAAGAUGAGACUACGAACCGAAUGAUCGAGUCGAUGCGCCUUUUCGAAUCAAUCUGCAACUCGAGAUGGUUCCAUAACACCAACAUUAUUCUUUUCUUGAAUAAGAAGGAUUUGUUUGAAGAUAAAAUUAAGAAGGAAAAUAUUACAAAGGCAUUCCCAGAGUACCGAGGUGCCCAAAAUUACGAAGAAACCGUGGCGUUCAUCAAACAAAAGUUCGAAGCGCUCUCCAACAAUCCGAAGAAGACGUUCUACGUUCACGAGACGUGUGCAACAGACACAAACCAAGUGCAGAAGAUUUUGGACUCGGUCAUCUCUAUGAUUAUCCAGAGCAAUUUGCACAAAUCCGGACUCUACUAG